CCUUAUGGACCGUCCAUAAAACCAGCGACAUCAAGAAGAGAAAAUUCAAUUCGGCUUCGGCGGGGAAACCCCCUCAAUAUACGUACACUAGUAGAGGACUAUACUCUCUUUCAACUCCCCAACAUUCAACACUACAAUCGAUAUCAUGACAGAAAGAUUACAUAGAAGUCCGCCAUUCCGAGCAGAGCAUAUGGGCUCGCUGCUGCGUCCGGAAAGCCUGCACCCUGAUAAUAAGAGCAAAUUAGAUCCGGCGCAGCUGACGGCUGUGGAGGACCGGGCGAUCGAUGAUAUCGUCAAGUUGCAGCUGGACUGUGGGCUUCGAGGUAUAGGAGAUGGAGAGUUUCGGCGAAAUGUCUUCUGGGGCACAUUGUUCCAGAACUUCGAAGGCAUGCAGGACGUGACUGAUCCGGAUCCAGCUAUGUUUCGCUCAUUCGUGGCUGGAUUUGUCAAAGGCGGCAAGCUCAGGCCUGGCACUCUCCUAGUGUGUCAGGAUAAGCUUCGUCAUUCUGGAAAAAGCGACUAUGUCAAGGAAUUGCGGUACCUCCAGCAAGUUGUUCCUCGGGACCUGUGGGGAGGUAUUAAAAUUACCCUGCCGUCACCUAAUUGGUAUCAUCUGCAGUUCCGCGAAGGCUAUGCAUACCCCAAGGACGUGUAUCGUGAUGAUCAGGAGUAUUUCCGUGAUCUGGCCGCUGCGUAUAGGACGGAGUUGGAUCUGCUGUAUGAAGCUGGGUUGCGGAACGUACAGUUCGAUGAUCCUAAUCUUACGUUCUUCUGCGCCGAGGAUACACUGCAAGAUUGGGAAACCGAUAAAGCCAACACCCGUACCCCGAACGAGCUAUUCCACAGCUACAUCAAGUUAUAUAACGACGUCCUUUCCCCCCGUCCUGGCGACCUUCACGUCGGGAUUCAUCUCUGUCGCGGCAACUUCCGUCACUCAUCGCGCAAAGGUGGAUACGAACGGAUCGCCCAGACGCUCUUUCAAGAACUGGACGUAGAUACAUACUAUCUCGAAUACGACGACCAGACUCGUACAGGUGGAUUCUCACCUUUGAAAUAUCUUCCUCGAACCAAGAAUGUCAUCCUAGGAGUAGUAACGAGCAAAUACCCAGAGCUGGAAGAUAAAUGCGAAUUGAAGCGUCGUGUGUUUGAGGCAGCUGAGAGUAUUGCUGAAGGUAAUGGAACGAGCACGGAAGAGGCGUUGAAACAGAUUGGGAUUAGUCCGCAGUGUGGAUUCUCGAGCACUGUUGAGGUCAGAAAUAUGGGAUAUGAAGAUAUGGUUCGCAAGAUGCGUCUCAUUCGCGAGGUGGCAGAUGAUAUUUGGUCGGGGGAGCCGUGAGGCGGAGAAUUCAUGCUACAAUGUCGACUUUCUAAUGUAUCAUUCUGCGUUCGCAAGUUGGAUUUCCUUUUGGAAAGUCAUGAGACCCACAAACGUCAUGAGUGUUGUUAAAUGGAUG